AUGUCCAUCGACUUCCCCAAGGAGGAGCUGGCCGUCAUUGAAAAAUGGCGGGAGAUCAAGGCAUUUGAGCGCCAAGUUGAACUCUCCGAAGGCAAGCCGCAAUAUGUCUUCUUCGACGGCCCCCCCUUCGCGACCGGCUUGCCGCACUACGGUCACAUGCUGGCCUCGACCAUCAAGGACAUCAUCCCGAGAUACUGGUCCAUGAAGGGUUACCAUGUGCCGAGACGCUUCGGUUGGGACACCCACGGCCUUCCCAUUGAGCACGAGAUCGAUAAGAAGUUUGGCAUCACCGGCAAGGCCGCCGUCAUGGAGAUGGGUCUGGCCAAGUACAACGCAGAGUGCCGAGGCAUUGUCAUGAGAUAUCGCGAAGAAUGGGGCAAGACCAUUGAGCGACUUGGUCGCUGGAUCGACUUUGAGAAUGACUACAAGACUAUGGAUACCAACUUCAUGGAGUCGGAAUGGUGGAUCUUCAAGCAGCUGUGGGAGAAGAACUCCGUCUACCAGGGCCACAAGGUCAUGCCGUACUCGACUUCGCUCACGACCGCCCUUUCAAAUUUCGAGGCCAACCAAAAUUACCAGGACGUCAGCGACCCUGCUGUGGUAGUUUCGUUUCCCCUGAAGGACGACCCCAAGACCCAUCUGCUGGCAUGGACAACAACCCCCUGGACCUUGCCUUCGCAUCUGGGUCUGGCUGUCCACCCGGAUUUUGAGUACGUCAAGAUCCUCGACGACAAGUCCGGAAAUCAUUACAUCCUGCUCGAGAAGCUUCUCACCACCCUUUACAAGGACCCCAAGAAGGCCAAGUUCAAGAUCGUGGAGAAGAUCAAGGGCAAGGACAUGCUGGGCUGGAAAUAUGAGCCCUUGUUUGACUACCUCGUGGAAGAGUUUGGAGACGUCGCCUUCAAGGUCCUCAAUGCCACUUACGUCACUGACGAUAGUGGUACGGGUAUUGUCCACCAGGCCCCGGCGUUCGGUGAGGACGAUUACAAUGUUGCGCUCGCCGCUGGAAUCAUCAACGAAAAGAGGCCGCCUCCUGACCCCCUAGACGAUCGUGGUGUCUUCUUAGAAAAGGUUCGCGACUUUGCCGGCAUGCACGUCAAAGAGGCCGACAAGCACAUCAUCAAGCACCUCAAGGGCACCGGCAGACUCGUCGUCGACUCACAGCUGAAGCACUCGUACCCCAUGUGCUACCGCUCUGACACACCUCUCAUCUACCGUGCCGUGCCAUCGUGGUUUAUUCGCAUCCCGGAGAUUGUCCCGCAGAUGUUGAAGAACAUUGAGAAUACCCACUGGGUCCCAAGCCAUGUAAAGGAGAACCGGUUUGCCAACUGGAUCGCCGGUGCCCGUGACUGGAACGUGUCCCGAAAGCGGUACUGGGGUACCCCUCUUCCCAUCUGGGCCAGCGAUGACCUGGAGGAAAAGAUUUGCAUUGGAAGCAUUGCUGAGCUGAAGGAGCUGAGCGGCUAUGAAGGCGAGAUUACGGACCUUCACCGAGAUAAGAUUGAUCACAUCACUAUCCCCAGUAAGCAAGGAAAGGGUACCCUGAGGCGUGUUGAAGAUGUCUUCGACUGUUGGUUCGAGUCGGGAAGCAUGCCUUACGCUAGCCGGCAUUAUCCAUUCGAGAAUAAGGAGGCGUUUGCCCAAGGGUUCCCCGGUGAUUUCAUCGCAGAGGGCCUCGACCAAACCCGUGGUUGGUUCUAUACGUUGGUGGUUUUGGGAACGCAUCUCUUCGAUGUCUCGCCAUUCAAGAACUGCGUUGUCAACGGCAUGGUCCUGGCCGAGGACGGCAAGAAGAUGUCGAAGCGCUUGAAGAACUACCCCGACCCCAGCCUCAUUUUUGAGAAGUAUGGUUCAGAUGCCCUGCGUCUCUACAUGAUCACAGGUCCGGCAGUGAGAGCAGAGCCCCUUCGCUUCAAGGAGUCGGGUGUCAAGGAGAUCGUGCAAAAGGUCCUCCUUCCUCUUUGGAACAGCUACAAGUUCUUCGAGGGACAAGUCGCGCUUCUGAAGAAGGUUGAAAAUAUCGAUUACGUCUUCGACCCGAAGAUGGAGAGCACGAACGAGAACGUUAUGGAUCGCUGGAUCCUGGCCAGUUGUCAGAGCUUGAUCCAAUAUGUCAACCAGGAGAUGGCUGCUUAUCGUCUGUACACGGUGGUUCCUCGCCUGCUGGAGUUGAUUGACAACACCACAAACUGGUACAUUAGAUUCAACCGAAGACGUCUCAAGGGCGAAUACGGUGUCGAAGACACCAAGCAUGCCUUGAACAGUUUGUUUGAAGUUCUCUACACUCUGUGCAGAGGCCUUGCCCCGUUCACGCCCUUCAUCACCGACACCAUCUACUCCAAACUGUUGCCUCACAUUCCCAAGGAGUUGCAAGCCGAAGACCCCCGAAGUGUGCAUUUCCUUGCCUUCCCUGACGUGCGGCAAGAGCUGUUUGACCCUGUCAUCGAGAGGCGGGUUGGCCGCAUGCAAAAGGUCAUUGAACUGGUCAGAGUAUCCCGCGAACGCCGAACCAUCGCUGUCAAGACACCACUCAAGACCCUCAUUGUCCUUCACCGCGACCAACAGUUCCUCGACGACGUCAAGUCUUUGGAGACAUAUAUCACAGAAGAACUGAAUGUCCGGGAUCUCGUCCUAUCUUCUGAUGAAACCAAGUACAACGUUCAGUACAGUGUUACUGCUGACUGGCCGGUGCUUGGUAAGAAGCUCAAGAAAGACAUGGGCAAAGUCAAGAAGGCACUGCCCAGCGUGACCAGCGACCAGGUCCGCAAAUACACGGAAGACAAGUUCAUCGUGGUCGACGGAAUUCGUCUCGAGGAAGGAGACCUGGUGGUCCGGCGAGGAUUGAAGGAGGAUGCCACAUCCAAGAACCUGGAGACCAACACGGAUCAGGAUGUCUUGACCAUUCUCGACACCGAGCUGCACGCCGAGCUUGCACAGGAAGGCAUUGCACGUGAGAUCAUCACUCGCGUACAACGUCUGCGCAAGAAGGCCGGCCUGCAACAGACCGAUGAUGUCAAGAUGGAGUACAAGGUACUAUCGGAUCCCGAGAACAUUGGAAUCAGCGAGGUGUUCACCACCCAGACCAAGGCCAUUGAGAAGGCGUUGCGGCGCCCCAUUGACCACCACGAGGUUACCCACUUGGAGGGUGAGAUCCCCAAGGAGAAGGAAGAGGGCGUUAUCGUAGAGGAGGAGCAGGAAGUCCAGAAGGCAACGUUCCUCCUGAGAUUACUCAAGCUGUAG